CGCCCCAACGAACCUUUGCUUUUGCUCACAGAAAUUGUGGAUUGCACAUUAUUCCACCACCUCCUUUCGUGUUUAAUUAUUAAUUGACCAGCGGCUAGCUUGUUUGAACUCCACUCCAAGAGUGUAACAACCGUGUACAACGCGGGAUAUACACAAUUCAACUAUGAACUUAACUAAUAAAAUUACCCCGACUUGGAAACAAUCAACCAUAGAAAUGGCGACAAUAUAGUAUUCGAUAAAUAAAUUAUAUUUGACAUUAAUCGCGUACAGUUUACUGGAUGUCAUGCUCAAGAUUAAUUCACUUUGUAAGAAAAACAUUUUGAAAUCUUCUAGAAAUACUUCGUUUCGUUUUGGAGAUCUACAUGCACAGAAGCUAAUUAAGCGCGACAGAUUUUCUGGGACGCAUACUUUAUACUUGAUAUAGAAAAUGUAAGCUAAUUGUCAAUUGUGAUAGAACCAUUAUCUUUCUUAUUGAGGCCAUGCCUUAUAAACCUUCCCUUACCUGGUAUUAGGGGUGGCUAUAUGGUCCGGUCCGGUUAAAUUGGACCAAAUUGAUCCGGUUCCAGUCCGGUCUUUUCGGGAAUAUAAGGACCAAAGAUUGGAUUGGAUACAGUCCGGUCUUGAUCCGGUCUGGUCUUGACCCGGUCCUGUCCCAAUUUUAUCUUGAUUUUAGGUGUUGGUGGUCUCUUAUCCGGUCUUUAUCCGGUUUUUUAAUCUUAAAUCUAAGCCCGAAUAUGAGAUUGCAUUGUUUGCUAUCCGGUCCCAGUCCGGUCCCGAUCCGAGUUAUACUGUCCAGAACCAAAUAGCCAACCCUACCUAGUAUCGUUUUUUCGUAACCCUUACCUAGUAUCAUGGAUGUCAUUGAUCAUUGUACUUAUUCCUUAGGGGGGAAAAAUCAUGUAGCUAGAUAUACAAUACCAUUAAUAAUAAAUAAAUACAACAUAAACAUAAUCAAAGUGUGGAAUAAUUCCAAGUUUGACAAAAACCCUCCAUAAUGAUCCCUUUUUUCUCCCCCAAUUCCUUGAUUUUUAAGCAACCAUCUAUUGGGAAAAGGGCUUAGCUCGCUUGUACCAAUAACAAUACACCGUAACCCCCAUUUCCUCACUAUUUGACCUCUUUUAAUAUCUCUUUCUUCUCUCUUUCCACAAAAUCUCGAAGAAGUUCAUAAUUAAUAAUGGAGAUCGCGCCCGUAAUUGCCGAAUCUCCACAUGAUCAUGAACAGCAAGAAGCCCCCAAAAAAGGGAACGUAAGUAACCCUUCUUCCUUCAACACACACACACACAACACAAGUUAGAAGAAGACUACACAACACAUUAGCUAGAUUCAAGCUCUCUAUCUAUCAAACCUAAUCUCACUAAACAAACUGCACCUUCCAUCAUCGAAACUCUCGUUUUCCCCAACAAAAAAACUACUAGCUAGCUCUUCCCCACCACCCUCUUCUCUCUACACUACUUCUCUUCCCUCUCCCACCAUUUUCUCUUGCUCCAUGCUUCCUCCAAUUCCCUUAACAACCCUUCUCCGCCACUUCUUGCUCUUGUUGUUCCUCCAUGGCCGCAUUGAAACUGCCAGCCAUGGUCUUCUUGCUUCUCCUCUGGCUCUCCCUUGUCUUCCUUCUCUUCCAUGGAUUGUACGGCUUCAAGAGACACAUGGUCAUCAACUCCAACCCUUCAUCAACCGCACCCCGGCGGCAGAAUCAUGGUGAUGCGGUGGUGAAGCACAGGAAAGUCCUGGCCAGCAAAUUCGACUUCUCUCGGUUUCGAAAGUCAUCAGCUCAUCAUCAUCAUCAUCACCGGCGAGGUGGUGGGUCGAGUCCGCCGGAGAUCGAUCCUAGAUAUGGCGUGGACAAGCGGCUGGUUCCUACGGGUCCAAACCCAUUGCACCAUUGAUCAUGAUGAUGAUAGUUCUUAUGGGUCGUCCAAAUUAAGGUUGGAUAUUGAAGCAAAUUACAUGAUGAUGGCGCUCUUUAAUUAAUUAAUCUCUCUGCCAUUGUUAUCUUUUGCCUCUGGUGCCAAAGUUACUACUAUUAUGAAUGCCUCAUGAUGAUCAUCUUCACCAAAUGUUAAUCAUGGUAUCUUGAGGGACAUUUAAUUAAUGUGGGAGAGGUAGCCAGCUUUCAUGAUUACAACUUGAAUGAUACAUGUUUCCUAGUAGUAUAGUUACUGUUCCUAUAUCUGAUUCUCCAGCUCUAAAUAUUUUCCUUGGUUUUCAUGAUUAGUAGAUAAUAGAGAUUAGAGAGAAGAUUUUACGUAUAAUUUUUGUAAGAGCUAAGCUUUGUAAAAAUUUUAUGGAUAUUUUUUCAUGAAUACAAAAGUUUUGGUAGG